AUGACUGCAUCUCUGGAACCUUCCUUUGAUGACUUGGUUGCCUUCCGGGAUGCAGAUCGAGGACUGAUUGACAAAUUGAGUCCGUGUGUCAUCAAAGACCAUCGUGGACGUGUAGUCUGGGACAACGAAGCUUACAACUUCUUGUCCAACGCACCAUGUCCGAAGACAGCAAACCCUAAGUUAUGGCGACAGGCCCAACUCGUCAGCAAACAAGGUCUUUUUAAGAUUGUAGAUGGUAUCUAUCAAAUCCGAGGAUUCGAUCUGUCAAACAUGACCGUUAUCGAGGGCGACCAGGGGAUCAUUGUGGUAGAUCCACUUACGUCGGCGGAAUGUGCCAAGGCUGCUCUGGAAUUGUAUCGCAAAAAUCGCGGCAACAAGCCAGUGCUGGGCAUGAUCUACACUCAUUCGCACGGUGAUCAUUUUGGAGGGGCAGAGGGGAUUAUUUCAAGGAGCGAAGCUGCGGAAAUUCCGAUACUGGCUCCCUUUGGGUUCCUUGAGCAUGCUGUUAGCGAAAAUGUAUACGCAGGGAAUGCCAUGGCUCGCAGAGCUUCAUACAUGUAUGGAGAUCGGUUAUCCAAAGGUCCCGAGGGCCAGAUCAGCGCCGGGCUAGGAGCAACGCUGUCUAUGGGUACAGUGACCUUAAUCCCUCCGACCGUCGACGUCACCCACACUGGUCAAGUUGAAGUGAUCGAUGGCGUUGAAUUCCUGUUUCAGGUUACACCCGGGACUGAGGCACCCUCGGAGAUGAACUUCUAUCUUCCUCAGUGCCGCACAUUAUGCGUGGCCGAGAAUGCGACACAGUGUUUGCAUAACAUUGGAACUCUUCGGGGUGCAGCUAUUCGGGAUGCUCUUGCAUGGUCUUCAUACUUGGACGAAACAAUUGUGCUAUUUGCCGAAAGAUCUGACGUUGUAUUUGCGUCUCAUCAUUGGCCAACGUGGGAACAGGAGGCUGUGAUUACCUACCUCACCGAACAACGAGACUUGUACGCUUUUCUCCAUGACCAGACAGUGCGCCUCAUGAACGAUGGCCUCACAGGUAUUGAGAUUGCCGAGGAUUUUCAGCUUCCACCGAAGCUGCGUACUGCAUGGCACACGCAGGGCUUCUAUGGCUCAGUUAGCCACAAUGUCAAAGCGAUAUAUCAGCGCUAUAUGACCUGGUUCGAUGGCAAUCCAGCCAAUCUUUGGGAGCAUCCGCCGGUCGAGAUCGCCAAGCGUUACGUCUCCUGCAUGGGAGGUAUUAACGAAGUACUUCAAAAGGCCAAAACAUUCUCAGAACAGGGGGAUCUGCGAUUUGCAGCUACACUUCUCAAUCAUGCUGUAUUUGCUGAUCCCGAAAACAAAGCUGUCAAAACUUUGCUCGCAUCAACAUAUGAAGCUCUAGGACAUGGAUGUGAGAAUGGACCCUGGCGCAAUUUCUACAUUUCUGGGGCGAGGGAGCUGGUAGGUCAUGUACCAAGGGACAAUAUCCUCUCUGAUCAGACUGCCAUGACAAAAUCCCUGUCUCUUCAUCAUCUAUUUGCAUCUUUGGCCGUAAGGCUAGAUGGGAAAAAGGCACAGACCCAGAAUUUCACCAUCGACUUGUAUGUGAUCGACCGGGAUGAGGAUUGUCGAUUGAUAGUCAGCAAUGGAGCCUUGAUCCAUCGGACAGGAAGAACCUGGAAUACGUCAACUUCGAGCGUGGCGAACUACUCGUGUGAACUUACGUUCUCCCAACUACUGCAACUGUUGACCACUGGGAGAACGAAAGAGCCAUUGAAACACGAAGUUGGAGAUAGUUCUUUCAUGAGUAAGUUAUUAUCGCUUAUCGUGACCCCGAAUGGUGCAUUCAAUAUUGUCACGCCAUAA